AUGAAUUCUUCCACAGCGGAGGAAUACAAGGUGGUGGUCAGAGCCGGGCAAGAUGCAAUCGAGCCCGCCCCCAAAAUUGAUGGAUGGCACCGGGCAGCAGUGACACUUCAGGAGAACACCACACACCGCUUUAACUGCCAAUCAGAUGGCUGGGAUCCUCAUGCCCCGCCCUUGCUGACCUGGUACUUGAACGGGGAGCAGCAGGGAGAGCCAUCACCCAACCCUGGGCGCCUGGUGAUGACACCGCAAGAAGAUCCUGAGGUCACGAGACAGGGGACCAAUCACAACAGCACCUUCUCUCUGCAGGCCAGAAAGUGGGACAGGGAGCUAGUGUGUGUUGCAUCAAACCCCUGGACAGGAAAUAGCUACAAUGCAACAGUCACACUCAACGUACAGUUCCAGCCAGAGAUUCUCAGGGUGAAUGCCCGCUACAGUGAAACCUCAGACCCUGGCCUCUCCCUGGUGCUCUUCGCCUUGGUACGGUCCAACCCGCCCGCUACCAUCACCUUUGUGGACCAGUUCGGCCAGCUGGUGACCAACACCUCUGACUUCCUCAUCCUGGACUCGCGAAGCUACCCCUGGCUGACCAAUCACACACUGAGGGUGACACUCCGCAGCCUAUCAGGAAAUGUCUCGGUGAACGCGAGCAACAGUGUGGGGACGGUGCAGAGCAACCUCACACUAGCAGAGUUCCUGCAGUCUCGUGUGGAGGUGCCCAUGCUGGGAAUAGUGACUGGGGGAGCCAUGGCCUUCAUGGCCCUCCUCAUCCUCAGUCUAAUAGUUCUCUGCCUCAUGCAAAAAAACAAAAGCAAGUCAGUUGACGAGCCAGUGGAGAUUCUGAUGACCAAGAAAAGUGACUCUGCCAGUCUGAAGGCAGAGAAAGCAGAUAAGACCUACAUCCCCAGAGAGAACAUGUCUCUGCCUUCCAACAUGCAGCUCAACGAUCUCAGCACUUUAAGAAAAGCCCGAGAGGCCGCCCAGCAGAACAGUGUGGGAGAGAUGAAAGAGAAAGAGGAAGAGGAGGAGGAAGAUCUGUCUUUAGCCUAUGCCGCCAGAGGUUUUGCCAGAUAUCCGAUGGUGGGCUAUAUCUAUAAGGUGAACAGCACAAGCAGCGAGGAGAUCUGGCUAUGACUUACCUCAAAGUUAACGCACAGAAUCUACACGCAUGCACAACUACUUCCAACAGCGCAGCUGUCCGAGAGGAAACCCAGAACAACUGCCAGUCAGUCAUUCAACCAAUCAUCGGUCACCUUUGAGCUGGACUAGGAUGCACAGGAACCACAGGCUGCGUUGUUGUGGAGCUCAUAUCCGUUUCUGGACCACAUACAGUAUCGACACACUCUCGGACUCAAACAUCAACGUGAAUUUCGUGUCCCACACAAAACUUUUGAUGUUUUCGUCUCUCCGAAAAGAGAGCUCGGGUAUUUACACUGCUAAUGUGUAGUCUUAACAAUGCAAGGUGUGAUCUUUACAUAAAAAUGCUCAUAUUCUGAGAUGUGUUGACAUGAUUUCCUCCUGUAACCACAGGCUCAUAAUCUCGUUGUCCCUGUUGCAUUAUUGGAAUGCAUUAGAUGUUCCAUGCUAACAACCGGAAUGUUAAAAUUAAUGUACCGUAUGCGAGAUUUUACAUUUUGACCAAUAAUACCUAAAUAGGGUGGUACAUAAGUAUAGAGUAUGAAUUUGUAUAUGGACAUGUAACAUGUCAUGUACUGAAUAUUUGUAUGCAUAUGUAUAGAAGAAGAUGUCUAAUAAUAAAAAUGAUAUUGAAAUUGUA